AUGACUGAUGGCAAAUCUGCUAACGCCACUGCAGCUGUGGAGUCAGUCCUCAAUCAGACAGAAGCGACGGAGGAGACGAAGAACAUUAUCAGACACCAUGUACACGUCCACGCGGCAGCAGUGUGCAGAAAUGACGCUAAUUCUCAGCUUGCGGCUCAUUCGACGAGACCCGACCACAUAUCCAGCUUUGAUGACGCCGAACUUCCUGUGAGAGGUGACAAUUUGAUGAGUCGCGAAUUAUUUAAGUUCUGCAAAGAUUCCCAUGCUUAA